AGGUAUAUCGGUCUGGCGUUAGCCAUGACAUCCAGUUUAGCCAUUGGCACCAGUUUCGUGAUCACGAAGAAAGGGUUAAUGCACGCAGAGGAACGACAUGGCUUCGAAGGCGAUGGCUUCGUCUACCUGCGCAGCCCGAUAUGGUGGGCAGGCAUCAUCUGCUUGGUCCUUGGAGAGAUAUUCAACUUCGCGGCAUACGCCUUUGCCCCCGCGAUUCUUGUCACGCCCCUUGGCGCAUUGUCCGUGUUGAUAGGCGCCGUCUUGGGCUCCUACAUUCUGAAAGAAGAGCUCGGGAUAUUGGGCAAGCUGGGGAGCGCCAUCUGCCUGAUCGGGGCCGUCAUCAUUGUCCUACAUGCCCCCCCUGACGAGGAAAUCGAGACAGUCGAUCAGAUCCUCAACUAUGCGAUCCAGCCAGGCUUUUUGUUCUACACACUCGCUGUCUGCAUUUUUGCGGGCGUCAUGAUCUACCGUAUCGGCCCCGUGUACGGCAAGAGGAACCCGCUCGUCUACCUAAGCAUCUGCUCUACCGUCGGCUCGAUCUCAGUCAUGGCUGUCAAGGCGUUCGGCAUUGCCUUGAAGCUGACCUUUGCGGGCCACAACCAAUUCAGCCACCCCUCCACCUACGUGUUUAUGAUCAUUACCGUGGUCUGCAUCUUGACUCAGAUGAACUACUUUAACAAGGCGCUAAGCCAAUUCCCCACGAACAUUGUCAACCCCCUGUACUACGUGACCUUCACGACCGCCACCCUCUGCGCCUCCUUCAUCCUCUUCAAGGGCUUCAACACCACCGAGGCCGUCAACACCCUCUCCCUCCUCUGCGGCUUCCUCGUCACCUUCACCGGCGUCUACCUGCUUAACCUCAGCCGUAACGACCCCAACGGUAACAAGAUCCUCGCUCGCCGCGGCAACGGCGACAUUACGGGCACCGACAUGAUCUCGAGCCUCCAAACCCGCAUGAGCAUGGAAGCGCGGCGCUCCCAAGGCGGCGGCAGCAUCCACCGGGACCGCGAGGGUCUGAUCCGCGCGUAUGACGAGGAGGAGGCCGUCGCGGCGGCCGGUACGUUUGGGCUGACAGAUCUGGCGGAAGACACCGAUGAGGAGGACGAUCCGCGCUCGCCCAUGAUCACGAACUUUUCGCAGCAGCGGACUACCGGUCCCGGUGCGGGUAGGGGUGGUCGGUUGGGCGUUAAGGGGGGCGGGAACGAGGCGAUAGAGAUGCAGAAUCGCGGGUCCGGAGAUAGGUGA